ACUGUCGAGAAUCUGUUUGCUGCCCGGUUUUCGGACCAACGAAGGCUGCCUGGCCCAAUCCAACCCUCCAUCACGGCAUAAGCGGCCUUAUCUUCCAGUUUCUGCUGUGAGUCUUAAAGAAGGCGCAGUUAUGUUUUCCAGGCGUCUUUAACGGAGAAAAUUGGUGCAUAAAACGAUUUAAGCCACGCGAGGCCUCCUUCUGUUCUUAAAGUUAUCAUGCCCCCCAGACUUGCCAAUUCUCACUCAUCACCAACUCCGUUUUCAUCACCAGCUCAUCUGGCAGUUUUCCCCUUCUUUUUGCGUCUUUGUCUACAAGGGAAACAACUUCAAAUUCUUGUCAGCUGGAUAAUCUUCGCCGCCAUGCCACAGCGCCACGGUCAUCACAGGAAGCAUGAGAGCAAGAGGCCGCACAAAAACAGCCCGCACCGGGAGUCCGCCAAAGACGUAACUCAGAGAGAAGAAACGGCAUCUCAGCCACCAAUAUUGAUGGUGCCAGCAACCGGGCCUUGGUCUUCAUGGGCUCUUGACCCCGAAGGAAGGGGCUUUUAUUACCGCAAUCGCAUAAACGCAGCAGGAAGAUACGAAUGGGACUUUAGCCCAAAGACCACGACCUUCGGCUACGCGCAACCUACACAGCAAACAGGCUACCAUCAAUCUUCGCAUGCGAUAGCGCCAGCGCCGGCUUUCAGACAGACGUUGAUGUUCCCGACGGGGCCGGCCCUGGGGGAAGACCAACCUAGCGCUGACUCCGAUUUUACCAACGACUUUGACGAUGAAGUGACAUCUCUCGCUGCGGGAUCGGGAUUUGUCAUCCCGGCCAUCAUUGACGUGGAUACAAAGAACAACGUCAAGGUGCUGGUGCCCGAUCCCAAGACGGGAGAGGCGACAAUCAUUUGGGACAACAAACGCAAGCACGCUCACAAGUUGAAGGCGAGUCCAAAUGUCAAGGUGCGAGAGUGGCUACACAAGGAAUGAUGUAGCAGCAACUUUAGGAUUCUGAGAGGAGAUUUGCCUGUCUUUGGGUUGAUGCAAACUUGUACACUCUCGUAAAUCAUAGACGCAUAUAACGUAGCCCAAGUCAUACAUAUUAGAAC